CACGGAAGUCACGGACAACUGCUACAAGAGAGUCAGGCAGAAACAUUACUGGGACAUCUUACUAGGUAUGCACGAUGCUACUUCAAUAGUGUUACAUUGUCAGAAGAAUCCCAGGACAGUGUCUGAUCAGUGUCAGGAACGUCAGUGGUGGCCCCUUGUAGCACCACCCUAGCAGUGCCCCCAGACCGCUAAAACACGGCACAACAUUACCAUCUCGGUAGUGUGACCAACAAGAAGACCACAACAUUACCGUCUCGGUAGUGUGUCAGUACCAACAAGAAGACCACAACAUUACUGUCUCGGUAGUGUGUCAGUACCAACAAGAAGACCACAACAUUACUGUCUCGGUAGUGUGUCAGUACCAACAAGAAGACCACAACAUUACUGUCUCGGCAGUGUGUCAGUACCAACAAGAAGACCACAACAUUACUGUCUCGGUAGUGUGUCAGUACCAACAAGAAGACCACAACAUUACUGUCUCGGUAGUGUGUCAGUACCAACAAGAAGACCACAACAUUACGGUCUCGGUAGUGUGUCAGUACCAACAAGAAGACCACAACAUUACUGUCUCGGUAGUGUGUCAGUACCAACAAGAAGACCACAACAUUACGGUCUCGGUAGUGUGUCAGCACCAACAAGAAGACCACAACAUUACUGUCUCGGUAGUAUGUCAGUACCAACAAGAAACCACAACUAUUACGGUCUCGGUAGUGUGUCAGUACCAACAAGAAGACCACAACAUUACUGUCUCGGUAGUGUGUCAGUACCAACAAGAAGACCACAACAUUACUGUCUCGGUAGUGUGUCAAAAUAAACAUUAAGACCCUAACAUUACCGUCUCAUCAGAGCAUCAAAAUAAACAGCAAGACUACAACAUUACUUUCUUAGUUGUGUGUAAGGACCAACACUGAAACUACAAAAUUAAUGUCAGUAGUGUUUAAGGACCAGCAACUUGACCACAACAUCGUUAUCUCGGUAAAUGAUGUCUCUUCUAUCUCUUAUAUAAACAUCUUCAUAUUUUUAUUAGAACUGUCACUUGUCACCAAACAAGAAGUAUUUAUUUCUCUAUGUAUAAUUAUCUACUGUUAUUUGAUGUUAGAUCUCUGAUAGAAGAUGAGUUCUGAAAGUGAUAAUAUUCUCUCUCUUGCUGGACUUGGUCGUCCAUUUCGUCUUGGGAUGCUUUACGACUGUACGAAGGAUCAAUUAAUUCCGGGAAGAACACUCUGGGACAUAUCAACACUAGAGAAAAGAGUAGUUCAACCAAAUAACUCCUCUGACUUCAAAGUAAUUACAAGUGACUCUCUGGAAGACAAGGCUUCAGCUCUUAAUGUAAAUGGAAAUCUGUAGCUGAGUUUGCUCUCAGGUAUGCUAGAAGUUUCAGGUUCUGGAAAAUACCUGAGCAACGAAAAGUCUUCUAACAAACAUGAGAGAGUUACUGUACAAUACAAGUGUACCACCAGGUCAGAGCAAAUGACGAUGGAUCAACUUGGGCCAGGUAAAGUGCAGUACCCAAACGUAAUUAAGGAAGAAACUGCAACACACGUAGUCACUGAAAUACUCUAUGGAGCACAUGCUUUCUUUGUUUUUGAGAGAGAUUGCUCCUCGUCUUCACAUGAUGAGGAUAUUCAUGGUGCUAUGAAAGUUCUGCUGAGCAAAAUACCAAAUAUGUCAGUUGGUUUGAAUUUGAAAGGAGCUUUAUCUGACAAGGAAAUAAAUGAAGUAGAGAAUUUCAAGUGUACAUUCAUUGGAGAUUUUCUUCUCUUAGAAAAUCCUUGCACCUAUAAAGAUGCAGUUCGAGUGUACAAGGAACUACCAGCACUCUUAGGAGAUGACAAACAAAAUGCUAUACCAAUCAAGGUUACACUGUAUCCUCUGACACGUCUGGAUAGUAAAGCCAGUAAGUUAGUACGAGAAAUCAGUGAGAGUCUGACCUCUAAGACAGAAGAAAUCUUUGAAGGUCUUCAAGAGUUGACUUUAAGGUGCAAUGAUUUAGUAAAUUCUUCUGUUGCAAAAGCAAAUAAACCCAUGCAAAAAGAAAUAGCUAAAUUUAAAUCACAGAUUACGAUUUACAAACGUGAACUGCAGAAGCAACUGUCAGUGUUGUUGCCCCGUAUCAGAGGCGGCGGUGUUGAAGAAUCCCUUCUGGCAGACCUUCUCAAUAAAAACGAAACAUCUCCAUUCAAUUACUGUGAACUAGAAGCUUGGGUUCAAGAUAAAGAAAAUCAAGUAAAAAUUCUCAGUGACUAUAAUAAAUUACUUGCAGAAAUAAAGCUGGCCUCAGAUCUUGGUUAUUUGAAGUCAUUGAUCAUGAAUCCUGAGAAUAAUAAUAAAUAUAUUCUCUGUUUGAGAUUACUUCUGCCAAAAAGCAACUUUCAUCUUUCUAAACUGGAAACGUUUAAUAGAAAUGAAUAUGACUAUGCAAGUGAUCAUACGACCACUGAGAGGAACCUUGAAGAUAACAUCGCUUCAAGAAAUGACCAACAUCAGAAAAUUUCCAUGAUGGAACAAGCCAUAUUAUUUAAAGACUACUUUGUCUCUAACAGAGAAAGUAAUGAAACUGUAUUUGUAGUGGCUAUGGAUUGCUCUGACACAUUAGACUAUCAGGCUAAUAUAGAGUGUUACAGGUGUGGUCGUCUCUUAAAUAAGGAUUAUUUACUUCCUUCAGCACCUGGCAAACCUCAGGUUGAACAAAGUACUCAUAACACUGCUACUAUUCACUGGACAUCGCCAAAAUUUGGAGCAUCGACUGUACAAAAAUAUGAAAUACUAUGUCAGCGGCAAACAAAUAGAGACAAUCGUCCAGUGAGCUUCACAACAGGUCCAGACACUCUCAGCUUCACUGUCCCAGAGCUUGAUGUUAACUCUGUUUACCAGGUUAGUGUAAGGAGCUGGUGCGAGGUCGGAGUGGGUCCCACCAGUGAGACCAACAUGGUCUCCAUUAGACCAACCAAUCUUCCAGCAGCAUCAGAACUUGUGCAUGAAGGAACUCCGGCCAUCUACUUGCUUAAAGCUAAUUUAGUUUUAGGCCAAAAAAAAAUAUAUAUGAUGAAGAAAUAUGAACUAUGAGCACCAUAGUAGACUGCCCAUGAGAAAAGUAAUUUUAUUAAAUCUACACACACACACACACACACACACACACACACACACACACACACACACACACACACACACACACUGUUGCAA